AAGUCUCGUGAGCACCCUCCCCCACCCUGCAGCUGGGAGGCACUGGACAUCAAAACAAAACCAGUCAGCGGAUAAAAUCUGUCUGCUGCUGGAAAAAAUGCACCAAAAGGAAGACACUCCUUGCUUCAGAUGCUUCAAAGCUUCCACUCCAGAAGACUUUUCAGCAAUAGCCUUCCUAGAACAAAAGCCAAAGCUAGCACAGCAACUGUAACAGCAACGAAGCAAUAAUGGACCAUCGGAAAUGCAUCCGUCUCCAUUCAUUCCUCUGCAUCACCUUAAUUCUGACGGUCAUCCAUGACACUUUAGCCUGCCGUACAGGAACACAGCCAGAAUGCGAGAAAGCUCCCUUCGUCCCUGGCCAUAACCUGGCAGGUGAAGGCUUUGACGUGGUCAAAAUGCGCCGUAAAGGUGCUUAUGUUAUAAACGUCAAAUCCCACAUGGUGGACAACUCCACCUGCACUGUGUGCAAGAACCGGUUCCAGGAGGGGCAGGUGCAAAAACUGCCCUCGGCAGUGCUGGACUGGCGUCCCUUCAGUCGCUGCAGCAAACAGCUCUCAAGUGCUCUCCACCAUUCCAUCGACUCCCUUAUCAAAAGCUCAUCAGCCCUCAUCAACAAUAACUGGGGAAUGGACCUUAGAAUAGAAGAUCUGGGCAAGGUGAUUCUGGGUGGGAGCCAUUCAGAUAUAGCCAAGUUUUCUCAGUCGCAGAACAUGAUGGACAAAGCGACCUUUGCUCUUCAUGAGCUCAGCUGCACAUAUUACAGUUACAGGGUAAAGGAUCACCCAGAGCUCAGCACUGAAUUCUCUAAACAUAUACUUCGACUGCCUAGAAGCUACGACGAGAAAACCAAAUGCCUCUACCGGAAGACUAUCAACACUUACGGCACCCACUACAUUAGUCACGUUCACCUAGGAGGCCGCGUGAGGCGAGUCACAGCCUUUCGAACCUGCCUUGCAACCUUAAAGGGCUUUUCUGAAUCAGAGAUAAAGAACUGUUUGAAUAUCGAGUUAAAAAUGAGUCUAGGGUUUCUUCCUGCAAAUGCUUCUCUUUCAAACAAAUGCUCAGAUAUCCUGAAGGACAACAUGAGCAUGGGCUUCUACCAGGGUUUUAUGACGCACAAGACUGAGGUUUUGGGUGGCGAAAAGUACUUUCCAGACCUUGGACUUCAUGAAAGUCCAUCUGAGGCCUACACCAGAUGGAUGAGCAGCUUACGCGACAACCCAGAUGUUAUUUCAUAUUCCAUUCUCCCACUACAUCAUCUCAUAACUGACCCAGAGCUGAGUGCCAGUCUGAGGGAAGCAGUGACCGAGUACAUAGAAGAGAAUGUGCUGCCUGUUGAGCAGAAGCCAAACCAAGAUUGCACCCCAGCCCCAAACCUGGACCACAACUGCUGCCCUCUCCGAGCAGGUCGUGGCACCUUGCGAGUGGCAGUGCAACGAGCUAACGGUCUGAAGGCAGACCUCUUCACUCGGACAGACGGCUACGUAAAAGUAUGGUACGCUAACAUGUACGAAGAGACUGAAGUGGUGAUGGAUGACAACAAUCCGGAAUGGAACAUCAGUUACAACUUUGGUUCCAUAGACUUUGGUCACGAGUUAACAUUCGAGGUGUGGGACAGCGACGUGAUGUACAAUGACAUGGUGGGAAGGUGUGUGGUCUAUCCUGAACGUGGGAUUCACUCACACAGCUGUAAACUAAAGAAAGGAGUCUUCUACUUCACCUACAUUGCCACAUGUGAUGCUCACCUGACUGGUCAUAGGUGUGGUCGGUACUCCCCAAAAGCAUGAUUGUCCUUUAUCAGGCACUUAAAGAUAGAGAUCCCUUUAAACAAAGAAAGAAUGGAAAAGUUAUUAAAUGGAUUAUUGUAAAACUGCAACUACACACUUCGGUUUAAAGCACAAUUGAAGGGAAGAUAACUGAUUCUUUGCAGUUUUCAACAAAUGUAUUUUUUUCCAACACUAACAAUUACUUUCUUUUCUAAGUUUUAAGAUUUGUUGGAAAUCUUUGGUCAGUUUCACACUCAGGGAUUAUGCCUGGUUGUCUUCCUUUCAAUAGAAAAUCUCCCUUUAGAUAUAUCUGAAGAACUGUCCAUUAGUGAUGGAUCUUGUAGUAUUGUUAAAUUUAUGCACCAUCAUCCACCCUGCAGUACAGUCAUGUAAAAAAUGUUUUUUUUCCAAACAUGGACAUUUGAUCUUCAUUUAAACAGUAAGAAAUUAAAGUAAUACAAAUAAAACUUAUACUAAAAGUUAUAAUCAGGUGCAGCACAUCAUGGUCAGAAAGUCUUUUGGAGAAGGAUGUAGAGGUUAAGAAUAUGUUAAAAAUGAUUAGAAAUCAGUAAUUUCAAUAACAAAUUAUUUUAAAAGGGGAUAAUAUUUAAAAAACAGAACCACAAGUUUCAUUUAAACACUGGAUGCCUGGUAAUGCAACCAGUAACUUACAUGGUUGUAGAGGUACUGGAGAAGACUUGCAUCAGUCCUCACCUCAUUACAUGUUGCAAACGUUACAUGUAGUAGGGGAAGGACUAGAGUACUAAAGAUUGGGUUGGGUAAUUGGAAAUAGAAAAAAAAAAUAAGAUACAAAAAAGUUAUAAAUGUAAAAUAAUAAUUAUAUAUUAUAAAUAUGUAUGUAAAUAUAUUGUAACUGCAUACCUUUUAGUCAAGAACACAGCUCAUAAUACAGAUAACAAAUGUUGUGAAUGUUUAGUCAGUUACUUUUAAUAGAAAAUCUCAAAACAAAGUCUGAGAUAUCUGGGAAACUGUCCCUUUUUCAUAAUCUUGUACAAUAUGAAUCUUGAAAUGCUGUUAAAUUUGUGCACCAUUCACUCUGCAGAACAGUCAUGUAAAUAAUAACCCAUUAAAAACCUUUUUU